AUGGCUGAUCUUGAAGGUAAAUUUGAUCUAGAUAAAUUUUUAAAAGAAGAUUCAUCUUUGAAGAAUUCGAAAUUAUUUGAGCUCUACAAAUAUCUAGAUGAUUUCGCAUUACAAAAUAUUACAUUUACAGAACGUGUUAACAGGCAGGAAUGUAAUUUACUUCAACUUUGUCAACAUAUUCAAAAUAUAUUUAACAAAUGCGAAGAAUUUUCUUCUUCCCGAACAGAAAUAAAAAAUAAGUGUUGUGAUUACUUUAUUUAUUGGUUAUAUGGAAAGAUAGAAGAACAUAAACUUAGUAUUUAUGAUACUGUUUGCCUUUACAACAGUGUGUCGGAAAUUAUAAAAAAUAAUCCCUCUAUUAUUAAAAAGAAUAAAUGCGAAGUUAAAUUUAAAAGAGAAACUUCUCUUGAUGUAUUAAAAAAUAAGAAAGUAUUAUAUGAUUUUGUAGAAAAUUAUAAUUAUAUAAAAGAUAGUUGGUCUAGAAUAGGUCAAAGUAAACAAACAGAAUACUGUAAUUAUAUCUCGCACAUUUUCAAUUUAUAUAUUACAUUGGAAGAGGAAGAUAGACCAAAAGGAUUAUCCAAUAAAUAUGAAAAAGAAUUAAAUCUUUUUAAAAAUAAAUUUAAUAAUAAAAAUGAGUUGUCUUCAUUAAAAGAAAAAUGUAAUAUUGAUGAUUUAAUUGUAAAAUCACUCAAGAUAUUUGAAUCCGUAAACUUAUUGCAAGGAAAUGAUGAAACAGUGUUAAGUAUAAAUAAUAUAAAUCCACAUUACGUUGAUAAUUUUACCUCAAUAAAAAGUGAUUAUACAAAUUUCACGCUUAAAAAAAAUAUCUAUAACGUAUUUAAUAUUUAUCAUUUU